CAGAACACACUGUUCUCCGUUACCCAGAAUGCCUGGUUUGUUGCUGGCUGAUCGAGGAGUGACUGACUGGCUAGCUGGCUAGCUAGUACAUAUGCCCUACUUGUUGUACUAGCUAUGCAUUUUAAUGUAAUAACUAACGUUAGUGAAUAGCCGAGUGAAACGAAUAAGAGAACUACAACACUGGGGUUGACAUAAUUGCGGCAAUGCCUCUCUUCACGUCCAAUCCAUUUGAGCAAGAUGUUGAGAAAGCCACCAGUGAGAUGAACACAGCGGAGGACUGGGGCCUCAUCCUGGACCUUUGUGAUAAGAUAGGACAGUCUCGCUCUGGGCCUAAAGAAUGUCUUCGGUCCAUUAUGAGACGAGUCAACCACAAGGAUCCCCAUGUUGCCAUGCAGGCUCUGACGCUACUUGGUGCCUGUGUUUCAAACUGUGGGAAGAUAUUUCAUCUAGAGGUGUGCUCCAGAGAGUUUGCCAGUGAGGUCAGCAACGUUCUAAACAAGGGCCACCCUAAGGUAUGUGAGAAGCUGAAGGCACUGAUGGUAGAGUGGGCAGAGGACUUUAGGAAUGACCCUCAGCUCAGCCUGAUUUCAGCCAUGAUCAAGAACCUCAGGGAACAGGGGGUCACCUUCCCUGCUGUGGGCUCUCAGGCUGCAGAGAAAGCUAAAGCAAGUCCUGCUUUAGUGGCAAAGGAUCCAUCCACCUUAACCAACAAGAAGGAGGAGGAAGACCUGGCUAAAGCCAUAGAGUUGUCUCUAAAGGAGCAGCGUAGUCAGCCCGGCUCGGGGCUGUCUGGGUCUGGUUUGUACCCCAGCGCCUCUUUCCUCUCUUCCCAGAAGUCUGAGGGCAGGAAGGUCAGGGCCAUCUAUGACUUUGAGGCUGCAGAGGACAACGAGCUCACCUUCAAGUCUGGAGAGAUCAUCACUAUCCUGGACGACAGUGACCCCAACUGGUGGAAAGGAGAAACGUAUCAGGGAGUUGGACUAUUCCCCUCAAACUUUGUAACGGCUGAUCUGACUGCAGAGCCUGAGAUGAUGAAGACAGAAAAGAAGACAGUACAAUUCAGUGAGGAGGUCCAAGUGGAGAGCAUAGAGCCUGAGCCUGAACCGGUCUACAUAGACGAGGAGAAAAUGGACCAGCUGCUGCACAUGAUCCAGAGUGCAGAUCCAACAGACAACCAGUCUGAUGCCUGUGAGCUGCUGCAGCUAGAGGGUGCCUGCAACCAGAUGUGUCCCCUCAUUGAUCAGAAGCUUGAGAGCACUGACAGGAAGCAUUCGGAGCUGUCAGAGCUGAAUGUGAAGUUGAUGGAGGCUCUGUCUCUUUAUGCUAAGCUUAUGAAUGAGGACUAUGCCAUGUACACAAAGCUACAGACCCAGCAGUACUACAUGCAUCAAUCUGCCAACACAGCACAACAGGUGUACCCGGGUCAGUCUGGAGGGUCCUAUGGGAUGAGCGGUCCAGGAGGGGUACAGCAGGGAUACAGUGUUUCUCUGGAGCAGCUACAGACUGGCCAGCCAGCACCCAGUGAUGUCCAUAUGUACAUGGGCCAGCCUCCAGUCUACAGUCCAGCUGCAGAGGGCAUGUCCUACCAGCCUCCAGCCAAUCAGCCAUCCAGCUACAGCUCCAUCCCCAACCCUGGCCAGAGCCUUCCACACCCACCUGACACACAGCAGCACCCUUACCCCGAGAAGGCUCUUCUAUAGAAAACACUACGCCACGCACUACGCUACGCUACACCAUGCUACACCACGCUACACUCCACGCUACAAGCUACGCCAUGCUACACGCUAUGCCACGCUACGCCAUGCCACACUACACACUACGCCAUGCUACACGCUACGCCAUGCUACACGCCACACUACACCACGCUUCGCCAUGUUACACGCCACACUACACCACGCUACGCCAUGCUACACACCACGCGCACACUACAUUUACAUUUAAGUCAUUUAGCAGACGCUCUUAUCCAGAGCGACUUACAAAUUGGAAAGUUCAUACAUAUUCAUCCUGGUCCCCCCGUGGGGAAUGAACCCACAACCCUGGCGUUGCAAGCGCCAUGCUCUACCAACUGAGCCACACGGGACCAUUACAAACUACACACGCCCAUACUACAAACUACACACUGCAAACUACACACACCCACACUGCAAACUACACACGCCACACUGCAAACUACACACGCCGCACUGCAAACUACACACGCCACACAAACACUACAAAUUACACACACAGGUACACAUUUACAAAUACACAAGUAGACUUGGACACAUUCUGCAUACUCAGUCAUUUCAUCUCUCUGUCAUUUCAUCUCUGUCAUUUCAUCUCUCUCUCUCUCUUUCUCUGUCAUUUCAUCUCUCUGCCAUUUCAUCUCUCUCUCUCUUUCUGUGUCAUUUCAUUUCUCUCUCUCUGUUAUUUCAUUUCUCUCUGUUAUUUCAUUUCUCUCUGUCAUUUCAUUUCUCUCUGUCAUUUCAUCUCUCUCUGUCAUUUCAUUUCUCUCUGUCAUUUAAUCUCUGUCACUCACCCUAAAAGUGCAGAACCAUGAAGCCCGUGUGGAGUGUCCAGCAUAUGAACAGACAGUGAUGUUCCACAUCAUGAAGAGAAGCAGCAACUUGUUUAUCUUUUCUUUUUUUAAAGGAAACUGAAAAUGUCAUGCUACUUCCUUCUUUCUUAUCGUUUUAGAAAUAAAUUGAAGCCACUUUCGGGAUGAGAAAAUAGUGAAACAUGCAGACAUUGUAUAAAUGUACUGGUGCCGUACUACAGGGCAUUCGGAAAGUAUUCAGACCCCUUGACAUUUUCCACAUUUUGAUACGUUACAGCCUUAUUCUAAAAUUGAUUAAAUUACUUUUUUCCCUCGUCAAUCUACACACAAUACCCCAUAAUGACAAAGCAAAAACGGGUUUUUAGAGAUUUUUGAAAAUGUAUAUAAAAUGUAAAAAAAGAUACCUUAUUUACGUAAGUAUUCAGACCUUUUGCGACUCGAAAUUGAGCUCGGGUGCUUCCUGUUUCCGUUGAUCAUCCUUGAUGUUUCUACAACUUGAUUGGAGUCCACCUGUGGUGAAUUUAAAUUGAUUGGACAUGAUUUGGAAAGGCCCACACCUGUCUAUAUAAGGUCCCCACAGUUGACGGUGCAUGUCAGAGCAAAAACCAAGCCAUGAGGUGGAAGGAAUUGUCCGUGAAGCUCUGAGACAGGAUUGUGUCGAGGCACAGAUCUGGGAAGGGUACCAAAACAUUUCGGCAGCAUUGAAGCUUUCCAAGAACACAGUGGCCUCCAUUUUUAAAUUGAAGAAGUUUGGAACCACCAAGACUCUUCCUAGAGCUGGCCACCCGGCCAAACUGAGCAAUCGGGGAGAAGGGCCUUGGUCUGGGAGGCGACCAAGAACCUGAUGGUCACCCGAUGACAGAGCUCCAGAGUUCCUCUGUGGAGAUGGGAGAACCUUCCAGAAAAACAACUGUCUCUGCAGCACUCCACCAAUCAGGCCUUUAUAGUAGAGUUGCCAGACGGAAGCCUCUCAGUAAAAUGGCAGCCCGCUUGGCAUUUGCCAAAAGGACUUUCAGACCAGAAGAUUUUCUGGUCCGAUGAAACCAAGAUUGAACUCUUUGCCUGAACGCCAAGCGUCACAUCUGGAGGAAACCUGGCACCAUCCCUACGGUGAAGCAUGGUGGUGGCAGCAUCAUGCUGUGGGGAUGUUUUCCAGCGGCAGGGACUGGGAGACUAGUCAGGAUCGAGGAAAAGAUGAAUGGAGCAAAGUACAGAGAGAUCCUUGAUGAAAACCUGCUCAGGACCUCAGACUGGGGUGAAGGUUCACCUUCCUACAGGACAACGACUCUAAGCACACAGCCAAGACAACGCAGGAGUCCUUGAGUGGCCCAGCCAGAGCCCGGACUUGAACCCAAUCGAACAUCUCUGGAGAGACCUGAAAAUGGCUGUGCAGCAACGCUCCCCAUCCAAGAUUGAGAGGAUCUGCAGAGAAGAAUGGUAGAAACUCCCCAAAUACAUGUAUGCCAAGCUUGUAGAGUCAUACCCAGGCCGUAAUCGCUGCCAAAAGUGCUUCAACAAAGAGUCUGAAUAGACCGUUUUUGCUUUGUCAAUAGGGGGUAUUGUGUGUAGAUUGCUGAGAAGAAUUAUUAUUAUUUUUAUCUGUUUUAUAAAAAGGUUGUAACAGCAAAAUGUGCAAAAAGUGAAGGGGUCUAAAUACUUUCCGAAUGCACUGUAUAUUGUACUGGUGAGAUAUACUGUACUAGUCAUAUGAUAUAGUACAUGUAUACAGUACUGGUGAUAUACUGUACUAGCCAUUUAAAAUAGUAUAGUACAUUUAUACUCUACUGGUACUAUAUACUAUACUAGUCAUAUGAUAUAGUACAUAUAUACAGUACUGGUGAUAUACUGUACUAGUCAUGAUAUAGUAUAAUACAUAUAUUCUUUACUAGUGCAGUAUAGUGCAUAUAUACAUACAUACACACUACAUGACCAAACGUAUGUGGACACCUGUUUCUCGAACAUCUCAUUCCAACAUCAUGGGCAUUAAUAUGGAGUUGGUCCCCCCUUUUCCGCUAUAACAGCCUCCACUCUUCUGGGAAGGCUUUCCACUAGAUGUUGGAACAUUGCUGCUAUAACAGCCUCCACUCUUCUGGGAAGGCUUUCCACUAGAUGUUGGAACAUUGCUGCUAUAACAGCCUCCACUCUUCUGGGAAGGCUUUCCACUAGAUGUUGGAACAUUGCUGCUAUAACAGCCUCCACUCUUCUGGGAAGGCUUUCCACUAGAUGUUGGAACAUUGCUGCUAUAACAGCCUCCACUCUUCUGGGAAGGCUUUCCACUAGAUGUUGGAACAUUGCUGCUAUAACAGCCUCCACUCUUCUGGGAAGGCUUUCCACUAGAUGAUGGAACAUUGCUGCUAUAACAGCCUCCACUCUUCUGGGAAGGCUUUCCACUAGAUGUUGGAACAUUGCUGUUAUAACAGCCUCCACUCUUCUGGGAAGGCUUUCCACUAGAUGUUGGAACAUUGCUCCUAUAACAGCCUCCACUCUUCUGGGAAGGCUUUCCACUAGAUGUUGGAACAUUGCUGCUAUAACAGCCUCCACUCUUCUGGGAAGGCUUUCCACUAGAUGUUGGAACAUUGCUCCUAUAACAGCCUCCACUCUUCUGGGAAGGCUUUCCACUAGAUGUUGGAACAUUGCUGCUAUAACAGCCUCCACUCUUCUGGGAAGGCUUUCCACUAGAUGUUGGAACAUUGCUGUGGGGACUUGCUUCCAACCAGCAACAAGCAUUAAUGAGGUCGGGCACUGAUGUUGGGCGAUUACGCCCGGCUCUCAGUCGGGGUUCCAAUUCAUCCCAAAAGUGUUCGAUGGGUUUGAGAUCAGGGCUCUGUGCAGGCCAGUCAAGUUCUUCCACACCGUCCUCGACAAACCUUUUCUGUAUGGACCUUGCUUUAUCCACGGGGGCAUUGUCAUGCUGAAACAGGAAAAGGACUUCCCCAAACUGUUGCCACAAAGUUGGACGCACAGAAUCGUCUAGAAUGUAACUGUAUGCUGUAGCAUUAAGAUUUUCCUUCACUGGAACUAAGGGGCCUGAACCAUGAAAAACAGCCCCAGACCAUUAUUCCUCCUCCAACCAACUUUACAGUUAACACUAUGCAUUCGGGCAGCCGUUGUUGCUCCUAGAAGUUUCCACUUCACAAUAACGCCACUUACAGUUGACCGGGGGCAGCUCUAGCAGGGCAGACAUUUGACGAACUGACUUGUUGGAAAUGUGGCAUCCUAUGACGGUGUCACGUUGAAAGUCACUGAGCUCUUCAGUAAGGCCAUUCUACUGACAAUGUUUGUCUAUGGAGAUUGCAUGGCGAUGUGCUCAAUUUUUAUACACUUGUCAGCAAUGGGUGUUGCCGAAAUAGCUGAAUCCACUAGUUUGAAGGGGUGUCCGCAUAUUUUUGUAUGUGUAGUGUGUGUACUGUACUGGUGAUACGUACUGUACUAGUAAUAUGAUGAAGUGUGUAUAUAUAAUGUACUAUUGAAUGAUAUAGUAUACGUACUGUACUAGUAAUAUUAUAUAGCAUAUAUAGUGUCCUGAGUGUUUGUCUGUCCAGGUCUGAUGGGGUGUGUGUGUGUGUGUGUGUGUGUGUGUGUGUGUGUGUGUGUGUGUGUGUGUGUGUGUGUGUGUGUGUGUGUGUGUGUGUGUGUGUGUGUGUGUGUGUGUGUGUGUGUGUGUUUCCUGAACAAAACAACAAGCAGCAAUUGCCCCUGCUCUCCUGGACAUGUGAACACUGACGUAGUCCCUGGGGACAGGAAGUACACUACAGGAAGUACACUACUCUAGUGCAGAGUCGUAUGAGGCAGCCCUAUGAAGCGGACAUGUGAACACUGGCGUAGUCCCUGGGGACAGGAAGUACACUACAGGAAGUACACUACUCUAGUGCAGAGUCUUAUGAGGCAGCCCUAUGAAGCUCGGGCCAAAGUACUGAACGAUGAAUAGAUUUCCAUUUGAGAUCCACCUCCAGGGAUCUGACUAAUUCUGCUGUUGUCUUUUAAGCUUCUCUUGCCAGUGUUAAAUUGCUAGGUUUUUUUUAUAGUGUGUUUUAAUUUAUAUUUGAUUAUUGUUAUGCUAUUUUUACAUGCACAGUACUUUACAGAAUUUGUCAUGAUAGAAAGUGAAUGUGAUGUCCUUCCUGAUUUUAGGUCUAUAUUUAAAUAGCUCAUAAGAAGUAUUCUCUCAUUUUAACCCUUUAGAUCCAGGAGCUGCUGUUCAUCUCAAUGUAUGUAUCUAACCUUAACUACCCCUUAUAGACUGGCCUCUGACUGUAUUUAUCUGAAGUAGAACCGAGCAAUAGGUCUGUGGAUGAAGGUUAUGUUUAUAUAACUAAAGAAUCCUGUCAUUUCAAGUCUGGGGAAUGUCGUUUACUGUGUUGUCUUCUACUGCCCCCUAGCUCUGGUCCAUACUGUCACUACGUUCUCUACUGCCCCCUAGCUCUGGUCUAUACAGUCACUACGUUCUCUACUGCCCCCUAGCUCUGGUCUAUACAGUCACUACGUUCUCUACUGCCCCCUAGCUCUGGUCUAUACAGUCACUAUGUUAUCUACUGCCCCCUAGCUCUGGUCUAUACAGUCACUAUGUUCUCUACUGCCCCCUAGCUCUGGUCUAUACAGUCACUACGUUCUCUACUGUCCCCUAGCUCUGGUCUAUACAGUCACUACGUUCUCUACUGCCCCCUAGCUCUGGUCUAUACUGUCACUACGUUCUCUACUGCCCCCUAGCUCUGGUCUAUACUGUCACUACGUUCUCUACUGCCCCCUAGCUCUGGUCCAUACUGUCACUACGUUCUCUACUGUCCCCUAGCUCUGGUCUAUACUGUCACUAUGUUCUCUACUGCCCCCUAGCUCUGGUCCAUGCUGUCACUACAUUCUUUACUACCCCGUAGCUCUGGUCCAUACUGUCACUGCAUCCUCUACUCUCCCCUAGCUCUGGUCUAUACAUCCCUGAUACUCAGAGCAUGUAACAGACCUUAAGAGGAUAUAAAUCCCAUUGGAUCAACUGACAGUAUAGUGUAGCAUCAACUGUGAAACGUCAUGCCUGGUUUAACUGUCAUUUAAUAGGAUCUCUAUGGGUUAACCUUUCAAACAUGAUAGUUGUAAAGGUUCUGUUAAAUGUACCCAGCUGUUAAUAUUUACUCUUUUAACCAUGCUUAUUCAUUGGUAUUCACAAUAAAACUAAAAGCCAAAUGUCCAGAA